AUGGCUUCUACACUUGAUAUGCAACUCAAGUUGAGAGUUCAAGAAAAAAUGCUCAACAAGGAAGCUGCUCGCGAAGAGAAAAACGCCGAAAAGGAAAAGAGAAAAGCAAAGGCUGAAUUGCAAAAGGGAAACCGUGAAUUCGCCAAAAUUUAUGCAAACAAUGCUAUCAGAUCUCAACAACAAGCACUUCUUUUACAGCAAAACGCUGCAAAGAUCUCAUCUAUGGUUCUUGAUUUAAAGAUGGCAGAAGUUCAAGCGAAAAUGGCUAAAAGCUUAGAUGCUGUUGUCAAAGAGUUAGAAAAAUCUGUUGGACAGAUGGAUAUGCAAAAAAUCGCCGCUGCUGCAGUCAAAUACGAUAAGAUUCGUGGCCGCGUUUCAGAAACAGCUCAAAUCAUUUCAACACCAGAAGGUGAUGUUGAAGCAGAAAGUAAUGAUCUUCUUAAUAUCCUCGAAGACGAAAUUGCUGAAGAAUAUAACAUCCCAGAGAUUCCAUCAGCCGAGAAAGAAGAAGAGAGGCAGACUGAACUUCAGCCAUCAGCUGCAUAA